CGCCACGUGGGAACACGGUCGGGCUCCGAGCGCGGCCGCGCCACCACCGGGCGCGCUCAGUAGCGGUGCAGCGGUCGUCUCGGUGAUGGUGCUGCGACAUGAUGGCGGACUCUCCCAAGGCCUGCGGCCGGCGAGCCGCCCUGCUGAUGCUCGCCGUCACUCUCAGCCGUCAGGUGACGGCACAUCCGCAGGGUCACCGACUAAUCAAAGAUGAGGAGCACGGGUACAGCCGGCAGUACAUGUACGGACGUCGGGACCACGGUGCCAUGCACGCGGACGCCUCGUCGCCGUGGAAGCAUGACGCCGGCGUCAAACACGGCUUCUACGGGAUGUACGAUCACUACAGGAUCGGCCGUGUUCAUCCACUUGAACAAAACGACUCGUCGCCCGCGGCGACGGCGGUCAAGGUCCACCACUGGCCAACCAGUGCCGCGACGACGAAGCUGUCCACCAAUCAACAGCCAGUAUUUCUGCUUUUGGCAGUUUUGGUGCUGAAUGUGCACCGACUGCAUCUGGUGGGAGAUUUUCCUGCUUUGCCGGUCACUUGGACGGGUGCCGAGUAACGGACGAUUUGUCAUCUGAAUGAAGUACGGCUUGCUAAGAUAUCUGCUCCGUGGGUGGGACAACAAAACAAACAAUUCACGCCUCAUCCACCACCCAAAAGCUUUUGCACAAAAGCCUGCGUCAUGAACGGCCACUGUAACCAACAAAGUCGCAACUGACUUCAAUAUUUGCGCUCCACUGGAGUGCCGAAUAACAUCAUCCCCAAUCACUGACCUGAGCAAUCAUCCUGCCGAUACAGUGCCGUUACGAUCAGUUCCCUAUCGGACCACGAUAAAGAUAUGCUCACAAUUAAGAUCAUGAUGGCAAGAGCUAUUGAUCAUUGAUGAGCUGACUGCAAGACCAGUUCACGGUGAAGCUCACUGUACGGUCAAUAUCGUACAUUACCUAUUUCAGCUCACUAUCAGGACCAUUUCAAAAUUCCGACCAGGACCAAGAUCACGCUCACACCACAGUACGGAAGGGUGGUCAGCAACUGUUAGCUAAACGCGCCCUCUCCCAUGGUGGAAGCCGGCAUCAUCAAACAUGUCGCCAGCCGCGGCACAGCGUCCCUUCCAUCUUCCUCGCACACUGGGUGUUGUGACUGAGGCGGUCUCGCUCUCGAUCUGUGUUUGA